AUGGAGUCUCCUCAAGAAGGCUGUUCAAAUUCCUCUGAUUUUCUCCAAAAAAUUGCACAAUUAGAAGAAGAAAACAGAACCCUUAAAAUGCAAUUGGACGAAAAAAUCGCAGAGCUUGAAGAAACGAGAGAAAAGCUAAAACUCCUUCAAGAAGCUCAACUUGAUAAUAAAAUCCCAGAAAUUACUGAACCAAAAAGCCCUGGUUAUGAAAAUUGCAUAACAUCUACGAAAACUCCUUCAAUGAUCUUAAUUGACACUGUAGACUUCGAAAUAAAUGUAGAUGAGUCGAAAAUUUAUAAACUAUUUAAAACAAAAUUCCUCCCUUUUCGCAUUUUUAUAGAUUUUUAAUCGAAUAUUUAAUACAGAUUAGUAUAAUAGAGAAUUGCAUACAAAACCUGAUCUUGUCUUGAGCACAUUUUUCAGAAAGCUUUUUUUACAAAUUUCAGGACGAAAGUGGACACCUCUUGAUUUUUAUGAAAAAAUCGCGGCAUCGUUUGGCAAUGCUCUUUCAUCAACACAAUUCAAUGAUGCAUUACAGAACGAAAAGCUGCUAUUCGGGGCUAAUGAAAGAGACACUGUCUUUUCUAUUCUUCAAGUAGACGGCUCAGUCCAAUCAGAAGUUUUAUUGCAUCAUCUCCAAGUCCAAGUAGAUGAGCAUAUGUCUAAUAAAAGUUCCGAUAUAUCUUCACCAGCCAGUAACAAUGAAAACAUUGCAUCAUUUGCACCAGUUGAAAUAUUAAAAAGUGAUAUAAUUGACACUUUAGACAAAUUUUCUGUGCAGAUUUUGGCAAAUCUCAAAACAAGCCAAAAUUUUAAAGAAAAAUGUAUGGAAAUUUUUCCUGAAGAAGUAAAACUGGAGAAUAUGGUGAAGUUAUUAUUAGAUAAAGAUAGUAGGAUUGAGGAUGGGCCUGAUAGAAAUAAAUUAGCAUCUUAUUUUAUGAAAGGAAAAGAGUUUGCUCAAAGAGAGGGACUGAUAGAAAUGAUAAUUAAUGAUUUAUUCGAAGAUGGAUAAAUAAAAUUGCAUUUGGUUCGAGUGAAAUUAGCUCUUCUUAUUUUCUUUCUCUCAAGCAAUUUUAUUUAUUGGGUUAGGCUUUCUUCUGAGAACUUCUGUACAGCAACAGCAGUUUAAAUCUGGCAGAUAAGCCGAGGCACUGCUGGAAGUACAUCAAGAGGCUCGAAGUUUUACCUCUCUGUACACCCGAGGAAGGUAUUGUAAUUGCCCUUAGGCGGAGCACGCACAGGAGGAGCCAAGGAUGAGCGAGGCGAGCACAGCCAAUCGAAGCGGACAUCGUAUUUGUCCCGUGCCCUGGGUGAAACAAAGUAGGUCCAUGGGCCCGACAGGUGGAUAAAUAUGGUGGAAGUCCUGGACAAGGUGACCCCUGAGUGGACGUUAAACCUUAUAAAUAAUUAAUGGUAAUGGUAAAGGAUUUAUUCCAAGAUGAAACUGAGAUGCAGUUAAUUGGAGAUAGGGAUGAAAUAACGCAAAUAUAUGAAAGAAAAGCAGAAUUUAUUGAUAAGUGUAUAGAGGUUGAUAGCAGAGAUACAGGAUGUGUUACGUGAAACCAGAUAGCAGAAAUUUUGCAACAAUUAAAUAUUAAUUUAUCAAAUACUGCAUUGAAGCAGUUUGAAGUUCAGUGCUAUGCAAUAAAAAAAUCGUUUAAUUUUAUCCCAUAUCAGGAGAUUUUUGAUGAUCCGAUUCAAAUAAUUGAACACUCAAAGCCUGAAACGCCUGUAAGCAGGCCGAGCCUUGGGAGACUUAUGACUAGACUAGUUAAUGAUAGCCCUUUUGAUGAAGAGGAAGAUCAAGAUAUGAGCUAG